AUGGCAGAAGACCAGCCACACCUAUGCAUUCAGAUGUCAGAAUCUGGUACAAAUGGCAUUCCCAGUAGAAGGCAGUCCUUGCCAGAUUUGGCUGGCAGGGCAGGAAGCGUGCUCACCUUCCACAACAUCUGCUACCAUGUGAACACAAAGACUGGGUUCCUGUGUUUCCAAAAAAACACCAAAAAAGAAGUUUUGAGAGAUGUCAAUGGCAUCAUGAGACCAGGACUGAAUGCAAUUUUGGGACCCACUGGUAGUGGUAAAUCUUCGCUACUGGACAUUUUGGCUGCAAGGAAGGAUCCCCAUGGGCUCUCUGGUGACAUUUUGAUCAAUGGAGCUCCUCAGCCUGCCAACUUUAAAUGUACCUCUGGGUACGUAGUACAGGAUGAUGUGGUGAUGGGAACCCUUACUGUAAGAGAGAAUCUGAAGUUCUCAGCAGCACUCCGCUUGCCAAAGUCAGUGAAGGAAGAGGAAAAAAAUGAGCGAGUCAAUCAGAUCAUCAAGGAGCUGGGUUUGAACAAAGUGGCAGAUUCCAAGGUUGGUACCCAGUUCUCUCGUGGGGUAUCUGGAGGAGAGCGGAAAAGGACCAAUAUUGGGAUGGAGCUCAUCACAGAUCCUGCCAUCUUGUUUUUGGAUGAGCCAACCACAGGACUUGAUGCCAGCACUGCUAAUGCUGUCCUACUGCUACUGAAAAGGAUGUCAAAACAAGGAAAGACAAUCAUCUUCUCCAUCCACCAGCCUCGGUACUCCAUAUUCCGACUGUUUGACAGCCUGACACUUCUGGCUGCAGGGAGAAUGCUGUACCAUGGGCCGGCCCAGCAUGCCAUCGAGUACUUUCAGUCCAUUGGCUACCAGUGCGAGCCCUACAACAACCCUGCCGACUUUUUCCUGGACAUCAUCAAUGGAGACUGCACUGCCGUAGCAAUGAACAAGGCUGAUGAAAGCAACACAGCAGAGAGCACUGAAGAACCCUCUGAAUAUGAUAAAACCUUGGCUGAGCAAUUAGCAGAAAAAUACUCCAACUCUACCUACUACCUAGAAACAAAAGCACAUUUAGAGAGCAUUUCUUCAGGAAGUAAAAAGAAAGCCAAAGGAGUUUUCCGGCAAAUCACAUAUGCCAAUUCCUUCCUCCACCAGCUGAAAUGGGUGUCAAGGCGCACAUUUAAAAACCUGAUAGGAAACCCUCAGGCUUCCAUAGCUCAGCUUUUUAUUACAGCAUUCCUGGGGCUGAUUGUAGGUGCCAUUUUCUUUGGACUUGAGGAGAACUCUGCUGGACUACAGAACAGAGUGGGUGCAAUGUUCUUUCUGACCACCAACCAGUGUUUCAGCAGCGUCUCAGCUGUUGAACUGUUUGUUGUGGAAAAGAAGAUAUUUAUACAUGAAUAUAUCAGUGGGUACUACAGAACAUCUGCGUACUUCAUUGCAAAGCUGAUGGCUGAUUUAAUACCCAUAAGGACUGUGCCCAGCAUCAUCUUCACCUGCAUAGUUUACUUCAUGCUAGGUUUGAAACCAACAGUAGAAGCCUUCUUCACAAUGAUGUUCACCCUCAUGAUGGUGUCCUACACAGCCACUUCCAUGGCACUUGCCGUUGCAGCAGGACAGAGCGUGGUCGCUAUAGCAAACCUACUCAUGACUGUUGCCUUUGUUUUUAUGAUUAUUUUCUCUGGGUUGCUGGUCAAUCUCACAAGCAUCAUGUCCUGGCUCUCCUGGCUCAAAUACUUUAGCAUCCCUCGCUAUGGAAUGACAGCUUUACAGAUCAAUGAGUUGACUGGUCUGAACUUUUCUGGCAGCAGUAACAGCACAGUUUCAAGCAGUGACAGUAGAUAUCAAAAGACAGGCCUGAUGGCAUGCACUGGAGAGGAGUAUCUGAAGAGUCAAGGUAUCGAUGCGAGCUCCUGGGGCCUGUGGCAAAACCAUCUGGCUCUGGCCUGCAUGACACUAAUCUUCCUUACCAUUGCCUACCUCAAACUGUGCUUCAUGAAGAAGUUCUCUUAA